CUUCUGUGCUAGUUGUUAAAUGGGGUACUAUCAGAAAUUGGCUUGGUUCGAUGUAUGUGCUGCACCAAUAUGUUUGUUAUGGUUUAUGGGAUUGUGCUAUCUGUUUUGCGUUGGAGUUGUCCGUCCAUUUCUGAUUAAGAAGGAUACUGCUAAGCGGCCAUUCCUGUUUUGGGGUGAGAGGGAAAAGAAGCAAGAUUUGUUGGAGGUAGCAGCUCCUUCCGAAAUGCUAUCGCUAGAGAAGUCGAAGUGAAACUGAAACAUUAGUUUGAUGUAUCAAAUUACAGCUUGCAAUAAACAUUAUGGGC